GAAAAGUAGCAAGGUGAUGUCAUCGUCAAAGGUUCUGCUCACGGCGCUGUCGGUGAACGUUGAAAGUGAUCUUUGGUACGUGGACAGUGGGUCGGCGAGUCAUCUUUGUCGAGAUGUGAACAUGAUGAGUGACAUGAAGUCAGAUAAAUCGUUGCAAGUGACUGUGGCUAACGGAGAUAAACUAUUUACGGCUGGUAGAGGCAAUGUUAACGUGGAACAACGUGAUGGCAAUGUAAAGACUAUAAGUGACGUGUAUUAUGUACCUAACUUAGCAGCUAACUUAUUGUCAGUAAGUGCCAUGGCUAAAAAAGGCUAUAAGAUAGUAUUCGACUCCGAUGGUUGUGAAAUUUUAGAUAAUGGGGUUAUUGCCGCGACGGCUACUUUGAAAAAUGACGUGUAUAUCCUUGACACUGUUGAGGCUUGUUCGAAGGUUCCUUUACAGAACAAACAGGUGGCCAACGCAGCAGUGGAGGAGGAGCGUGCGGUUUCUAGCGACGAAACUGUCUCUGCAGCUUCAGAGAAAGUUUGGCAUCGUCGUCUUUCGCAUCUCAACAGAAGAAGCAUGGAACUUUUAAGAAAAGGCAUACCUCAGGAGCAAUGGCAUCGUGCAUCAAACAACAGUUCCUGGCUGCGCUGCCCAGAACGGGGUCGCGGAGCGCGCGAACAGGACAGUGAUGCAGGCGGCAAGGUGCAUGCUACAAGAUGCAGGCCUGAGCAACGAAUUUUGGGCGGAAGCUGUCAACACGGCAGUCUACGUUAAGAACCGUUGUCCUACGAAAGCUGUA